AAAUAUACUCCACAAUAUCCCUUAUUACUAAAUUUAUAUUUAUAUAUGAUAAUAAUAACUCCCUCUAAAUCCCAGCAAUUUUAAUCAUCUAUCUAUAUCUUACGUUUUAUUCGGCCCAAAUAUUCUGCCUUAAUCCACAAUAAAACUCUGUUGAUUGAUUUGAUUAUAUAUAAACUUAACAAUUUUGGAAGAGAGCACCCAGAUAAUGGAUGUUUUUGAAAAGAGAGAAAUGGCGGCGGAGAAAGCAAGAGAGGAGGAGGAGGAGGAAGAUGGAGAGGGGCAGAGGUUGUUGUUGGAAGGGGUGACGGUGGUGGAUUUUGAUUUGUUGUGUUCGACGGUGGCGAUGCAGGCACAAAAGGGUCAGUGGGUGAAGUUGAAUUUAAAUGGGGAUGAAGAAAAUGUUGUUGGUUAUGAUUAUGGUGGAGGAGGUGUAUUGAGGAUGUGGGAAGGAGAGCUUUUCUGUGAUUGUCUUGACGACCGUCGAAUUGCUCUACAGUCUGCUUGCUUCCCAUGGUACAGAUUCGGAAAGAAUAUGAAACGUGCUGGUUUUGGUUCCUGCUUUGUUCAGGGCUCUAUUUAUUUGGUUCUCACUCUUGUUGCUCUCCUAAGCAUUCUGGCAUUCAUUGUCACAAAGAAGCACUGCUUUCUAUAUAUUGGUGGUCCUUUUAUAAUCUCAGUUGGAUUAUAUAUGGGUUAUCACCGCACAAAAAUGAGAAACAAGUUCAAUAUCAGAGGUGAUAGUUCUUUGGAUGAUUGCAUCUUCCAUUUGACCUGUCCAUGCUGCACCUUAUCUCAGGAAGCUAGAACAUUAGAGAUGAACAAUGUCCAAGAUGGCAUUUGGCAUGGUAGAGGUGAUACCAUAUGCGUAGGAAGUUAUUCUGAACUUGACAAGACCCCAUUUGAACUAAGUCCGCCUGCUAUUGUGUCAACAAAGUCCUGAAUCAUAAAUACUGCAGGGCUUAGGACACAAAAGAGAGUGACAAUAUGCGUAGCAGUUAAUUCUAGAGUAGAGCAUCCUUCACAUUGUUCUCUCCCUUGAAAAGCCAAGCCCACAAACGCGGUCAUGAAUUAGCAACAUUCUUUUUCCAGGACGGAAGAAUCACUGAACUUGCCCAUGUACAUCUCAUAUGGGUUAUCACAUGCAAUGCUAAGGCACAGAAUGCCAGCUGUUUCUUAGGAAGCAAGGCAUUUUCCAGCGUCAAAGUGGCAAAAUGCUUCAGAAAGAUGUGCUUCCAAUUUUAAAAAUGUAUUGCAAAUAGGAAACUUGCAAGCAUUGUUGUAUAUUAUAUGUAACAAUAAGCAAAUGCUUCCAAAAAGAAAUGAGGGAGGCAGUUGAGUAUUAAUCACAUAGUUAAAGUUCAUUUUUUAAGGAAGAACUAGCACAAGCUUUUAUGUAUAUAUUCAAUUUAGUCAUAGAAUGAAAAGAUUUUACUCGUCUCGUGAACUAAAUUCAUGGAGAGAAGAAUUAUUUUCUUCAUCCUACUUACUAGAUUUCUCAUUUGUUAAUGUUGUGGUUCAAUUUACCAUGUAUAAUAUGCUCUUUUGGUGUUUGUUUUCUUUA